AUGGAUCGUGGAAACCUCACCAGUCGUGGCAACGAAAUUGCUGAGAUUGUCCGUACUCUAGCAGACGAUCUAUCUUCGCAGGGAAUCCCGGAACCUACUUUCGAACAUGGAUUACCCGCCGUGCUGCAGACUGAUGCGCCAGAUUCAAAUGCUCUAGCUGCACGCAUCAAGCUUCUGGGCUUACUAGAUGAGCUGCGUGAUCUCUUGACCGAUCCAGCACUCUUGGGUAGCCCUGAAUUGCGUAACCCUUCUUUGAGUAUAUUGGCAUUGGUUCGCCUGAAGAUCUUUGAGAAAUUCCCAAGUGAGGGAACCACCAUCAAAGAUCUAGCCCAGCGCGUUAGCCGCAAUGAGAAUAUUGUUCGCCGAUUGAUGUCUCAUGCCGCCACCUAUCAUGUCUUCUACCAAGAACAGCCUGAUUUCUUCAUCCACACAGCUGGUUCCCGUAUUCUAUCAGAGAACGAGGGCAUGCGUACUUGGAUGCUGGUCGGACUUGGCGAGACCAUGCCCGGUGCCCUUAAAAUUGCCGAAGCCGUAUCGCAGAACAAUGACUCCGAAGAGCCCCAACAUAGCGUAAUCAUUCCCCACGACCAUCUAAAAUGCAACUUUGCUAAUAACAAACAGGGAUGGAGUCUACAAAAUGGCACUGAUCUCCCAGUCUUCCAAGCCCUCGCCAAUAUGCCCGAACGUGCGCAGAUCUUUGCUAAAGCCAUGAGUUGGCUCGCUCAGCUACCAGGCUACUCCCCACAGUACCUAGUCGAUCACUUCCCGUUUGGAUCAGGAGAUAUCACGGUGGUCGAUGUGGGCGGCGGCAUUGGCCAUAUCGCCCGUGCACUUACGGAUCACUGCCCCACAAUUCAGUGCAUUGUGCAAGAUCGUCCUGAAGUUAUUUUCCAGGGUGAACAAGCUUUGCCGGCUAACCUCCAGGAUCGAAUUCGCUUCCAAAAACAUGACUUUUUCCAACCCCAGCCGGUGCAUGGUGCUGAUGUUUAUUUAUUGCGUCACAUCUUGCACGACUGGUCAAACAAAUACGCCCGCAUGAUCCUACAGGCUUUGAUACCAGCUCUGAAACCAGGGGCUAAGAUUGUACUAAAUGAUCGCAUCAUUCCUGGAUAUGGAGAGGUGCAUUACUUGAAAGAGCGUGAGGCACGGGACUACGAUAUGUACAUGCUUGCUUUGCAGAAUGCCCAGGAGCGCACACCAGAUGAUUGGAAAAAUCUUUUCAGAGACGCAGACCCGCGAUUUAAAGUAACGAGAACAUCCCAGCCAUCAAAAUCAUACCUCUCUAUUAUGGAGGUGACAUGGGAGGGUUGA